ACCGCGCGUCUUCAGCCGUUCUUUUAUCCGCGAGUACACCUGCGGGGUGUACACGAAAACCUGAGGAAGACGAAAGCAGAGUUGGAGCCUGGCAGCGGCAGUGUUUCAUGAGUCUCCUCGAAACAGUCGUCGAGUCGAUAUCUAUUCUGGGUACAGUGAAUAUACUUUCUUAUGUCCGUUAGAUUUCGAAUUUCGUUUAUUACAUAUAUCUGAAAAAAAAAUUGCUAUAAGUAACAUAUUACCAGCGACAGUGAUUAAUUUACAUGCAGACAUAUUGUUCUGAAAGUGAUGGCGCAACAAAAUGUAACGUUAAAGUGUAUUCCAGUUAUCAACUAUAACUACUUUUUCAAUCCAAACAUUUGUCACGUUUGUAAGUGCACAGUUCAGAGAACGCUGAAAACAUGUAUUCUAUGUGAUAUGAUCGCUUACUGCAGCGAGGAGCACAGAGUCCUGCACCGAAGACAGCAUGAGACGAUCUGUCACGCCAUAAUAAAGGUAAACCACCAGAAAGGGAUAAAGAACAUUGGAAUAAUGUCGAUAGAGACAUGGACCAAGUUUCAAAAGGAGAAUAUGCAAUUAAUACAGACUAUUCUAUGUCGUGAUCUGGAGAAGUACGAAAAGCAAAUGUUCCUAUUCUCAAAGUCAUGUUUUAUGUGUCGUAAACAGGACAACUUGAUUGGGACUUGCGGAGAGUGCAAGUCUAUCAACAGGUGUCCUGAGCACUCAUUUACUGGUAGUCAUGAAUGUACCAUGCUGCGACUUUGUCUCCAAUUGGAUAUUUUCUGCGCUGCGGGGAAUGCAUCGAUUAGCACAAUCCCGAAAGAAUAUCUGGAUUUUAAUAGCGAUUUUAACGACAUGCAGUCAUUUAUAGAACGUUUUUGUGAAAUGCAAAAUUAUAACGCAGUAACUGUAACUUCUUGGAUGCCAUUACAUUAUAUAAUUAGUGAAAAGCUCUCAGGUCCGAUGACGCUAUGUAAUGUUCUUGUGAGAGAAAGAUUAUUAAUUGAACAGCCAAUAAAUCAUGUCUUCGAAAUUCAUAUUAUUGCUGAAAGUACUAUGGAUGCGUUCAGUUUAUCAGCAUGGGAAAUGGUCUUACAUGUUUUAUCCCCGAGUACAAGGCUGGUAAUUGUAACGACUGGAAAGAAAGCAUCACAAAAUUGGAUUGAAUUUCAAGUUUGCGAACAAUGCAAGCAAAGUCGUAAAACACUUUGUUAUAAAAGUCAUCCUAUGUUAUACGAUAAACACACAUCGUGGUACGGAAAAAUACGACCAAUGAUAAUUCUAGUAUUUCAUGACGAGUAUGAGGAUGACCUGAUAUCAGUUGAAACUUUGAGAUCGUUACAGGUUAUGGGUUGCCCAAUAAUAUUAACGACUAAAUCGAAUAUAUCCAUGGAGUUCACAACAAAGAUAGAACAAGCAUUAAGUUUCGACAAACCUUUCCCGUACCGUAUUUGCAAAGUCAAUAAAUUCUCGUCUAGUAGACCACAAAGAGACAUUCGGAGUGGCUCAGUAUUUUUCUCGAAUACACAUUUAUUUGUAUAUGAUGAUCUAAAUACUCUGAGUAAUACAGCUCAAGUUUGUAGCAGUGUUAUUAGUAAUGUUGAAAAAUAUUAAAUUUUAUCAACAAUCUUGUUUGGUAUCUUUAAAAAAAUAUGCAAAUAAACUUAUACUUUAAUUAUUGAUAUUGCUGUAAUAUUUCCAUUUUUCGAUUUUAUUUUUUUUUAGGAACAUGCUUUGAAAAUACAUUUAUCGCAAUUAUAUUGUUUUUUGUAAAACUUUGUAAAAUAUUACUGGCGAUUUUGUUAACGUAUAUUAUGAUUAAUGGAAGUAUUUUCGGAAAACUCGAGUUAAUGAAACACUACAAGAACAAUAAUAUGCGUCUGCGCGUAAUACGAAACCAAUUACGUGUUUUAAUUUAUGCUCUUCAAGCGAUUCACUUCAUGUCGGUAUCGCAUCUCGUGUAUGAUUAUAUGUUCAAUUUGAAAAUAUUAUUGUAAAUGAUGACAAAAUGGAUUCUUCUUAUUUAUUAUAGUCAUAGUUUAUAUAUGUAAUAUAUUUAUGUAUGAGUCAAUUAUUUUUAUUAGAACAUAUUUUGUAGGAACGUUACUUGUACUUAUUACGUAUGCGUAUUAUUUCGAUGUUUUUAGCUUCAACCAUCAUAAUUCCGUUUUAAAUUCAAAUAUGUUCCCGUCGUUUAGUGAAUUUUCAAAUGUUAACUUUAAAAUUUUAAAUUCACUAUAUAAUUUGUCGUUCACAUGAUCUUACCUAAAAUAUUAUCGAAUAUGAUGACGUCCGACAAGUAGCGUAUCAGACACCGCAUUCGUUUUGCUUUCGAAUUGAAAAAAUUUCUGCCGAAUUUAUAAAUAUGAUUUACUUAGGUUUGGGAAAAAAUGUUGUAUUUGAGGGAAAUUAUCGCAUAAAAUCUGUAAAAAAUGAUUAAUUAUGUAUAAGAAAU